AUGGCCAUAGAAAUUGUUACUUCUAUUGGUGGGAAGGUCGCUGACUAUUUGUUUGUAGCUGUUGGCAAUCAACUCGGUUACUUGUUUCAUUACAGUGACAAUGUUGAAAACUUGAAAAAGGAAGCUAAGAAGUUGGCAGGCAGUAGAGACAUGGUGCAAAAGAAAAUCGAAUUUGCUGAAAGACAUGGAGAAAUCAUCUUCGCUAAUGUUCGAAGCUGGAUAGCAGAAGUUGAUAACAUUUAUGCAAAAGCUGAAAGGUUUUUAGAAGGCGAAGACAAAGCAAACAAGAGGUGCCUCAAAGGGUGGUGCAUUAACAUCAGACAACAUUAUCGAUUCAGUAAGGAGGCAAAGAAGCAGACUCUGGCGAUUUCUGAUCAGCUCCGAGAAGUGGAAAAGAUUGAGAGUGUGUCAAGUCCUGCUCCUCCCUCGGGAAUUAUAUCAUCAUCAGAGGUAUUUUCUUCUGGCCCUUUUGAAUCUAGAAAUUCAAUCAAGAAGGAAAUCAUGAAGGCGUUAGUUGAUGAUGAUGGUGUCUACAUAAUUGGAAUAUGUGGGAUGGGGGGUGUGGGUAAGACCACACUAGUAAAAGAAAUGGGCAAACAAUUAAAAGAUGAUAAGAUAUAUGAUACAGUAGUGAUAGCAGUUGUCUCUCAAACUCCUAGCAUAAUGAGGAUUCAAGGAGAAAUUUCUGACAUGUUAGGUGUAACGACAUCUCUACCUGCUAAUUCUGAAAUAGAAAGAGCAAGUUUCUUAUGGGGGAGAAUCAAGGAGAGAAAGCGGAUCCUCGUAAUACUAGAUGAUCUUUGGGGAAAAAUAAAGCUUGAUGAUAUUGGUAUUCCAUUUGGAGAAAACCAUAGAGGUUGUAAAAUUGUAAUCACCUCUCGAAGCAUAAACGUCUGUGAUCAAAUGAAUUGUCAAAAGAAAUUUAUAGUUGAAACUUUGUCAAAACAAGAGUCUUGGGCCUUAUUCAAGGAGCUGGCUGGCUCUUUUGUUGAAACUUCUGAUAUAAAUCCAAUUGCAAGAGAUGUAGCUGCUAAAUGUGGUGGUUUGCCGAUUGCGAUUGUCACAGUAGUAGGGGCCUUAAAGGGCAAGAACAAGCAUGUGUGGAGCAAUGCAGCACGACAACUUCAAAAGUCCAACCCAACAAGCAUCCAAGGAAUGGAGGGAAUCGUGUUUUCAUCUUUGGAACUGAGCUUCAAUCAUCUAGAAAAUGUGGAAUCAAAAUCACUUUUCUUAUUUUGUAGCUUAUUUCCAGAGGAUUAUAGAAUUUCAUCGAAGAUCUGGUUAGAUAUUGGAUAG